GAUCGAUACUGAAAUAUAUUUCAUGUACAGAAUUGACUUCUCUACAGAUUUAUUAUAAGUAUAGAUACAUAGAUAUAAUAAUAAUAAUAAACAUUUAUUUCGGACAAGGAUACAUCCAUAUUAUGGUUAGUUACAUGAUUACUUAUUAUCUAGUGUUAGUAUCGAAAUUUAAUUACUUACAUACUAAACUUGAGCCCGUUAUACACUUUUGGAUACAAUAAGCUAUUAUAGCGGAAUCAUAUCGACCCCCUAUCCCUAUAACUUGCAGAAUGGAGUUGGAGCUGGCCCGCACUCUGCAAAGCACCGAAGCGGCUUUCUGCCGCAUGAUGGCAUAAAAAUCAUCAAUAUGCAUCUGAUGCACUGCAGAAACGGGGCAGCCCCAACAACACUCUGAGAGCAUAAUUAUCGUAUAUUGAAUACGCAGCGCACCGAGGGCCCGCUGUGUAUGGUUGAUCCAAAGGCUGCACGUGUAGAACACUUGACAGUAAGCUCUAAGAUAUAGAUGUUCACUGUUGAUAACAAUUACACUUCAAACUUUAUACUCAUUCCUUAUAUUGUGUCCACACUGAUCACUAUACACUUUAUUUCUUUCUUCAUUUUUCCUGAUUAUUUAAGUUUAAAACCAAAAACGAGAUCUUUGGACUCUUAAGUGCACUUGCAGAAAUUUUGCUUAAUCUCAAUUUAACUUUAUUUUUUUAAACACUUUUGUUUGCAUUUAUUUUAUUUUUAUAACUAAAUUUAGAUAAUGUCAAAUGACAUUGACGUUUUUACACUUUUCUAUGGGUUGAAAUCUAGUAUCAGUCGAAUCGAGAUUUAGCAAAUUUCCCUAACAAGUGAACAAGUGGACCUUAAGAUUUUGUAAGUGGGUCUAAUUCUGGCAUGAUCAUCUAAACUCAAAACCAAAUUCAACAUCAGAGUCUCCAUUUCAUUUCGUAUAGAGAAUUUGAACGAUACACUGUUUAACUAAAGAUAGUCAUGCCAGUAUCGACACCAUUAUUUUCCAACUUUCUUUAGUGAUUCUAUCUUCGGAGAAGUAAAAGAAACAUUCAAGAUGAAAUUCGCUACGUGUUUCCUUAUCCUGGCCUUGGUCGGCCCUUCUCUUUGCCAUCCUGAACCAGGACUAGGAGACCUGAUUGGCGGCGUAGUCAACUCUACCGUUGGUGCCGUAGGUGGCGUAGUCAACUCUACCGUUGGCGCCGUAGGCGGAGUUGUCAAUGCUACUGGUUAUUCCUUUUUCAGGCGUGGUGAACAGUAUUACCGGGGUGACCGAUUCAUUAAUCCAAAGCAUUACUAGCGCUUUGAAGAGCGUACUCGGUGCCGUUGGUGAUACAGUUGGGGCACUCCUCACCCAGGUGCUCGCUCUCGUUAACCAGGCCCUUGGCAUCGUGAAAAACCUCGGCGACGUCAUCGCAUGUCUUUUUCAGGCGCCCUUAGCAACGUUAUCAACUCCGCUGGCGCUGCAGUUGCAGCACUCCUCAAGCAGUUGGGUGCAGUUGUCGAACAGGUAGCUGGUAUUGUCAAGAACAUCGGAGAAGUCAUCGCAAAUAGCGUAACCAGUUUAGGUUCUGCACUUGGAAAAGCUCUUGGUUCGGUAGUCGGAGAAGUCCUUAAAGUAGUGUCUACCCUCAUAGGCAGCGUUGGAGAUGUUGUUAAAUCUCUCGCAAACAUUUUCCCCGCAUCGUCGUAGAAAGAAAAUUUUCUACGCCGUCCUUCCGAUAGUUUAUAACCCGAUAUACAGCUGACCAAUGAUCUUCAAAACUACACAAUUUCACAAGAAUGUAUAUCGUGUUAUUCAGAAGGAUCACUUCAAAACAAGCGAAAUUUCAUUCUUUGACAUGUCUAAAUAAAUAAGAAGCAAGUUUAA